UGAGAAUCUAAAGAGCACAUGGAAGCUGUGAAACAAAAUAUCUUAACCUUAGUGUCUCUGUCUCUCUCCAGCUAAAGCUUGUAGCAACCUCAGACGCGAAUCUUCCAUUCUGUUCUGCCUGAAUGAACAGACACACAUAGUCACAUUCCAUUUCCAUGUCUGCGUCAUGCGGGGUGGUGGAGUGUGUGUUCGUGCUGGGCUGCGCGCGGUGGCUGUGGAAGCGCUGCACCUACGUGGGCAGCUACGACAGCGCCACGUGGCCCUCCGCCACCGCCGACGAGUUCGACCCGGUCCCACGCGUCUGCCGCCUCAUCCUCGCCAACUACGAGCCCGAUCUCCGUACCCCCAACCACCGCCUCAACCCCGACUGCAUCAUCAAGCGCGUGACCUACGAGGACACGCUCGGCCACGCGCCGCCCUACGUAAUCUACCUCGACCACGACCACAAAGAGAUCGUGCUCGCCGUGCGAGGCCUCAACCUCGCCAAAGAAAGUGACUAUAAAGUUCUCCUCGAUAACCGGUUGGGGCAGCAGAUGUUUGAUGGUGGAUACGUUCAUCGUGGGUUGUUGAAAUCGGCGGUGUGGCUGCUCAACCGUGAAUCGGAGACGCUGAAGCGGUUGUGGGUGGAGAAUGGUUUGGAGUAUGAGAUGGUUUUCGCGGGGCAUUCGUUGGGUUCUGGGGUGGUGUCGCUGUUGACGAUUUUGGUUGUGAAUCAUAGGGACCGUUUGGGUGGGAUUCCCAAGGAGAAGAUUCGUUGCUAUGCGCUUGCUCCAGCUAGGUGUAUGUCCCUCAAUUUGGCUGUCAAGUAUGCCAAUUUCAUUCAUUCUAUUGUUUUGCAGGAUGAUUUCUUGCCAAGAACUGCUACUCCAUUGGAAGAUAUAUUCAAAUCAAUAUUCUGCUUGCCCUGCUUAUUGUUCUUGGUUUGCCUGAGAGACACCUUCAUACCUGAGGGUAGAAAGCUUAGAGAUCCAAGGAGGCUUUAUGCACCUGGAAGAAUGUACCAUAUUGUGGAGAGAAAAUUUUGCAGAUGUGGGAGAUUUCCUCCUGAAGUGAGGACUGCUAUUCCCGUUGAUGGAAGAUUUGAGCAUAUAGUCUUGUCCUGUAAUGCAACAUCAGAUCAUGGAAUUAUUUGGAUUGAAAGGGAAGCUGAGAAAGCUUUACAAUUAAUGAAGGCUCAGAGCUCUGAAACUGUGACAGACCCUCCAACUGUACAAAAGUUUCAGAGGUUGAAGACCAUAGAGAAAGAACAUAGAGAUGCUUUGGAAAGAGCUGUUAGCUUAAAUGUACCUCAUGCAGUGGACACUGCAGAGAACGAACCGUCUGAGAACAAUGAAGGUGAUGAUGCAUCCGGUAAUGGAAGAAAUAACGUCUCAAGUAACCAAUCAAAAUCUAGUGGUGGAAGGUCAAACUGGGAUGAUGUAGUUGAAAAACUACUAAAAAAUAAGAGAGAGACGGGAAUGGGAGAACAAAACCUGAAAAGGGAUACGAAUGUCACACAAUAACGUAUCUCUCUUAUGGUUUUAAACUCUAGAUAUUCACAUCCAUUCAUAUAUUUGGUUCUUUUGUUUGUUCUAGGUAUUCUUGAGUUUGUUAAUUCAUGUAAAAAGAUAGUUACAAUUGCUUGGACCCCCAGGCGUAUACCAGAGUCCAGAGGAAUUACAGUUGAUAAGUGGUAUUUUGUUUUAGUCCUGAAUUGUUUGAACUUGAGGUUUCCCUUGUAUAGGAUCAUUUCAACAUGUUAUGAAAUGAGAAAGCACUGCAAGGUGUGCUACUCAUGAGUAAUGUUCCUGAUUGUAAACAUUUUUUGUUCUACUAGUUUGUGCUUCACAUUCUCCA